CCACACACUUCUCACUUCUAAAGCCAACGGUGGUGCCCUGGCCUGACAGGACUUGGGGCGAGAUAUAAAGCUAGGCCUCGACGCCUCGUGCACUGCACAGGCUCGAAGAGUGAACCCACAUCGAAACCAGCAAUGCAUGCAGGUGUGCAACGCUUCGGCUGCCAAUCGGCUGCAAUAGCCCGGUGUCGUCUAGACUAGCCAUCUUCAAAGGCAUGUUGUUUGGUGCAUUGCAAAGGAGCCGCCCCAGCGCGAUAGGCCACCUUCGAGCCGCCAGCCCGUGUUCCUCAGCAUUGUAUCUGGCGCCCUUACGGCCACGCGCUUGGAGCCCAAGCCCUGCUCGAAUGCCAUCAGUGCCAGGACGGAUGUGCAUGCAUAACGUGUUGGGGCCGGGUCCACAUUGCGCAAGUGAACUUCUUAAGCACUGCAAUCUGAGCUCCCGCAAUGGCAAGCAGAGCUCCCAGCGAUGCGCACGCGCCCUCCGGCGCACCUUCAUGCGCGACUGCGCAGCUGCCCCCGCCGUACACUGUGCGCGUUCCGAUCCGCCGGAGUAAAUAGUACGUCAUCCAUUGUUCAGAGGUUAAUAACUGCAUACGUUUCACUUCUAGCAGCUUGAACAUAGGAAACCUUCGAGGUUUUGCGACAACCGCAAAUCCCACCCGCGCGCCGCUGCGGGCCUCCUAAGUUGGGCUUAUAUAGGUUGAUAAGUUACUUAAAGGAACCCAGACAUGCGGUCGCCACUUCUUCUGUGGGUGUGGGGGGUAGCGGCCGUCGCUGCGCUCGCACUGGUUUGCGUCCCUGGCGCCCAGGCUCACGGAUUCCUCAAAUCGCCGAUCAGCCGUAACUAUUUUGCGAGGAUCAACAACGAGUACUACUGCCAUCAUUGCGGCCAGGGUGGUGGACAGUGGAAGAUGCCUGACGUAUGCGGCAACCCAUUUCAGGACAGCCCGCCGAUCAACUUCACCACGCGCUUUUACGGCUUCGUGGCCAACUACACGCAGGGUCAGGAGGUGGACAUCACCAUCAACAUCGCCACCAACCACGGCGGCCGCAUGGCGAUGCGCGUGUGUCCGCUGUCCCGGGGCCUCAUCUCCCACGACUGCUUCAACAACCCCGCCAACCAGUUGCGCCGCGUCUCGUCCAACCCCCAGUACGACGCCAAGCUGUACUGGUACGUGCGGCCCAAUGACAUCGACAUCACACAGCGCUUCCGCCUGCCGCCCGGCGUCAGCUGCGCCGACGGCUGCGUGCUGCAGUGGUGGUGGGUGGCGUACCAGUUCUGCUACAUGCCCUGCGAGUCAGCCGCUGACGACGUGGCAGGGGAGUGCGGCCGCAACCUGAACGGACCAGUCGGGCAGUGCACCGGCGGUUAUCUGCAGACCGAGCAGUUCUACAACUGUGCCGACGUCAUGAUUGCACCGGCCACCUCCAGCGGCACUCCCUCGCCUUCACCUUCUCCAUCUCCCAUCGCCACCCCUUCACCCUCCGCUACCGCCUCACCCACCCCCAGCCCCGCUCCUACCCCUUCGCCCAGCCCUGCCCCUACCCCUUCUCCCAGCCCCACCCUCAGCCCCAGCCCUUCUCCCAGCCCUUCCCCCAGCCCUUCUCCCAGCCCUGCUGCCAACUUCUCCUCCGGCGAAUACGACUACGCCGCACUUAUCGACGCCUCCUACUUCUUCUAUGAGGCCCAGCAGACCGGGCCGCUGCCGCCGUGGAACCGGGCUGCGCAGGUCAACGGCGGCUGGCGCAAUGACAGCUACAUGGCUGACGGUGCCGACAUCGGUGCCGACCUGCGGGGCGGCUGGUUUGAUGCCGGAGACCACAUGAAGUUCGCGCUGCCGUACAGCUGGGCUGUGUCCACGCUGGCUUGGUCUGUGCUGGAGUUCCCCGCUGCCUACAGCUCCGCCCCCGGCCUGUGGGCCACCGCCAAGCGCAACCUGCUGUUUGCGGCUGACUACCUCGUGCGGUCGCACGUGACCGCCUCGGAUGUGCCUUCAGAGAAUCGCUUCGUGGCGCAGGUGGGAGACACGGACACGGACCACUCGCGCUGGUGCCGUCCCGAGCAGUGCGGCGCCGUGGAGGGACCCUACCGCCCCACCUGGCUCACCACCGCAACCAAGCCCGGCUCCGACGUGGUGGGCGAGGCGGUGGCGGCGCUGGCGGCCGUGGCCAUGGUGGUGGCGGCGGACGAGCCGGCCAGCCCAGUGGCGGCGCAGCUGCUGGUGCAUGCACGGCAGCUGUACGCCUUUGGCAAGGCCUUCCCCGGCGCCUGGUCGCUGACGUCAGACGAGGGUGACUACCCCUACCGCUACGGCAACCACGUGUGGCAGGACGACAUGCUGUGGGCGGCGGCCAUGAUGUGCCGGGCGGGUCAGGGCGCCGGCUACUGCGCCGACGCGGUGACGUACUGGAACGCUGCAGCCAACAUGGGCGUGGGCUGGAGCAGCGGCAUGGACUGGGACAAUGCCUUCAAUGAGGCCAGUGUGAUGAUGUUGGGCAUGGCCGAUAAGCUCAGCCCCGCCUUCCUGGCCAACGUGCGGACCCGCAUGGACUGGAACCUCAAUCUGUGGCACGUUUCCACGCUGUGCACGGCCCCGCCUGCCGGCACCGACAGCAACGGCGACGGACUCGUUGACGACGGCCACAUCUGUUACUCGCCGCGCGGUCUGGUGCACCAGAUGCAAUGGGGCACGCUGCGCGUCACUGCCAACGCGGCCGCCACCAAACUGGUCUACUCCAAGUACACCACAGCCAACACCGCAGACACACAGCGCCAGCGCUGCUGGGCGCGACGCCAGAUGCGGCUGAUGCUGGGCGACUGGGGCCGCAGCUUCGUGGUGGGCGUGGGGAACAACCCGCCGCAGCGGCCGCACCACUCCUCGUCCAUGUGCGACCCUGACUACUCGGUUGUGUGUGACGGCAACACGGCCGCACUGGACCGGCCCAACCCCUCGGUGCUGCGCGGCGCCCUGGUGGGCGGGCCCCGCAAAGACGACACGUACGAGGACAACCGAAUGGACUACAUCCUAAACGAGGUGGCCAUCGACUACAACGGCGGCUUCACAGUGGCACUUGCCGGGCUGCUGCAGCUGGGCGCAUCAACCCCCGACUGGAAUGCCUACUGCGGCGCCACUCCCUCGCCCGUUCCCUCGCCGACUCCCACUCCCUCGCCCAGCCCCUCGCCCACUCCCACUCCCUCGCCCAGCCCCUCGCCCGCUCCCAUUCCCUCGCCCAGCCCCUCGCCCACUCCCUCUCCCUCGCCCAGCCCCUCCGCCACUCCCUCCCCAAGCCCCUCUCCGUCACCCAGCCCCAGCCCCAGCCCCUCCCCCAGCCCCAGCCCCAGCCCCAGCGGCAACCCCAGCUGCCCCCCCACCGAGUACGACUGUCAGCAGUGCGCCGCCAACGCCGACGCCGUACAGUCACUGCUGCCCGGCAUGACGGCGCCGUGCCAGACCUGCGCCGCCGCCAUUGCCGACGGCUGGCCCUGCUACAACUGCCUGGCUACGCCGCUGGUCUCCACCAAUCCCAGCAUCAUGCAAGGCUGCUUCGACUGCGCCGCCGCCGGCGUCAACGGCUGGGCCUGCACCCAGUGCACCAAGGGAGCGCUGUCUGCCACCGACAACGCCAACUGCGCCACCUGCUACCGCCGUGCCUCGUCAGGCAACAACUGGGGCUGCCUGGAGUGCCAGACGGCUGGCGGCUCCAGUGAGGGCCGGCGGGCAGCUUGCCUGGCGUGUGUGGGCAACAACAGCGACGCCUGGGCUUGCACCCAGUGCGCCUCGCGCUAUGGCACGCCGUGUGAGGCGGAGAAGUGCGUGGCGUGCCUCAAGGCCAGCGGCAACGCCUGGGGCUGCUACACAGCAACGUACGCGGCACAGUGCGGCGGCGGUCGCCGCAGCCUGGGGGUGGAGGCGCAAGCCAGCACAUGGCACGUCGUACGGCGGCCAUGACCUGCGGUACGGCAGCAGUGCUUCUGCCCGGCGGCACGGCAGCAGGCAGCGCGGCGCACACACGCACACACGCACCAGAACGGGUGUAUAGACGCGGAACAAUUGUUGCGCAUGCAAGGCACGUUGCAUGCUGGACACACGAGAUCCAGCUAUCUAUCUAUGCUUACUUAUGCUUUUAACGCCAUGAGCAGGAAGGUUUAUCCUGAGUGGGCGUGUGGGGGAUCUUCAUGAGCCGGCUUCAUUUGGGGUCUGUUCGCCACAGACGGAGUUCUGAAAGGUCGGCCACACAGGCACAUACGAACUCCGUUGAUUAAUGUGGUGUGUCUGCUGGCUUCAUGCUUCUAGUAGUCUGCUUGCGUUGGCUUCAUGCUCUGGCUUCAUAUUCAUACCCAGCACUUAGACACGUUACUCAUGGCGUUCGGUGUGCUCGGACUUGCAGUCUAGUCUGCGGCCGGCGUGCGGCAACAGAGAUGGGGACGUCUCCUUGACGGGCCAGGAUGUGAUCUCACCAGACCUCUCCACCAUUGAUGCAUCUCCCAAUACAGGUGCUUUGUACAUACAUCCACAAUAUACGGUAUGCAUAAGAGCUCCGUCAGUAGGCGGUGGGGCAUUUCAUCAGUGGGCAGUGACGUUUCUAGACGCUGCCACGCACACGUGGCCCCACAGGUGCUGCACAUUCAUGCGUCCAAUCCGGGCUAUUGUCUUGGCGUGCGUGCGUGCGCUUGACCGUGUGCAACUGGUUUUGGCGUGCCCGCCCGGUGCCCCGUUCCCGGCUAUGGAUUUCAGCGGCGGUUUGCGUGCUGGGGGACUGGCCUGAAGUUCCGCGUACAGUACUCAUUUUGGCCAGCUAAAGCUGUCCAGACCGGGGGGGGGUAUUCAUUUCUUGACGUGUCUCGAUCCGCGUGGGGGUGUUACGUGACUGUCCAGCUGACUGUUCAUGUGACUGUUGAGCGUAUAUCCAGCCGUAUGGCCCGCACCCUGUCCUGAGCCGUCUGGCCCGCAUGCUGUUCUGCAACUGAUGAUGGUCGUCCCAUCAUUUCCGGCUGUCAGCGCACGCGCGCGGUCACGUUAUGACGGUCCACACCGUACGGUAUACUGCCGGCCUCUGGCUGUAACCCACCGGUGAC